AUGGCCAGAUCCAAGAGCAAGGGCAGCAACCUUCUCCCGCUCAUCCUACUCCUCCUGUUCGUCGCAGUCCUCGCCGUUAUCGGCUACGUCGUGUACACAAUCGUCCAGGAUGUGAGCAAGAAUACACGCGCCAAGAUGGAACGCAAGCAUAUCGCCUUCACUAAGGAUGGGAUGAAGGUUCAAGUGAGGGAAAUGCAGGAUGAGCAGUACAAGGACCGGACGCAGAGCGUCCUGGUCAACAUGUGGAAUCAUACCAAGUUCCCGGCUUACAAGAGCCGCCUGUGGGAUAUGUCGGGAGAAAAGGAGGCAAACCAGGGUGUUGAGAAGCGCAAGCCGUAA